AGAUCGCAGUAGCAGCAGGGGCAGGCAAGCUCACAUCUGAUCAGAGGCAUGUUUAUGGAGAGCGGCCACUUUUCACGACCGCUGGUCUGACCCGGGGAUGAUUAGAUUUUGACCAAUAUUUUCACGUUUCUUAACAUCUAUAAUGGCAGCCAUCGAGGACAACGACGCCUGUGAAAGUUGGGAAGAACUGGAAGACUCGGGAGAAUUGGACAAGAAACUCAACAUCAUUCAGUCAAAGAAGGAAGAGAAAUCAAAGAAGAGUAACGAAGCUGUGGUAAUUAUUCAAGACGAGAGCCUCAGAUCAAUGUUAAGUCCUCAAGAGCCAACAGUCAAAAUAUUGAAAAGGCCGACAAAAACAAAUGAUAAUCAAGUUACCCCAGAUCAGCCUGUCCGAAGACACAAAACUCUACAGGAGAGAGAGCAAGAGUAUGCUGAGGCCAGAUUGAGGAUAUUGGGGUCUGCCUGCAGUCCUUCUGAAGUCUCUAAUGCUGCUGAUAACGUUCGGGGCGUUCAAACUGUAACUGCCAAUGGUCAUAUCAGCGGCUCAAACAGUGUUGACCAACAGCCUCUACGCCAAGACUUUGAUACAAAUGUGAUUAGAGUGCCGAAAGGUCCAGAUGGUUCCAAGGGAUUCUCUAGGAGGUAAAGUGAAGUGCUUCUUCAUUUGUGUUUCAAAUUGAAGACUUGUACAGUAACUUUGAUUUACAACGAAUGUGUGGCGUAAAAGUAAGAUGACAUGAUAGUUUUAUGGUUCCAACCACCUUAAAUUUAAUUUUUAUUUAUUGCUAGUAACGGUUUUGUUGUCUUUUUUCCGCAAGUCUCAAACAUGUUUUAUGAUGUAUGCGUAGCUUAAGGUUUUUUAUUUUGAGUUUUUGAUUAAUUCUAUUAAGAGAAAAUGUGGCCAAACCUAUUCUUAUACAUACUGUGCGGGUUGCAUUUUUGUGGACACUGUUAAUUGUGCACAAUUUAAUGACGUUAUUUUGAAGUAUCAUUGGGGGCACCCCAACUGUACAGAUUCUUAUUGAGCAUUCAAACUGCUGCAAUUGUAUUAAUCAGAGGUUAAGGAUUUGUGUCAGCAACAACUAUUUUCUCUCAAUACCAGUUGAGCAAGAUUAAGUGAAAAUAUAUUAUAACUGAA